AUGUCCUCCCUCUCGACUCCUCGACUCGACUCGACUGCCGUCCAGCGGGACUUGAACCCGCUUCUUAGCAGAGCGAUGCACCAUUUCGACACGUAUGACAUAACCUGCCGGGAGGCACAAGUUCACGAGUUAAUUGCCUCGAGUGCACGCGCUGGGCUGGGCAGCUCGUCUGUCCGACCGCUGUCAGCCAACACCGACAGCCAACACCGACAAUUGCAUUUAACACGCACCAGCGACGUGCAGACCAGUCGAGUUGGCCAACCGUGGAGCGAGCGAAUUGCGUCGAGCCGGCAAAAAUGGCGCCAGCUGGACUGCGCUGAAAAGAGACAAACAGUUCAGCCGCAGUCUUAUCGAUCCACUUGCUCGACGAGCACACAGACUACUGCUACUGCAGCUCGAGUAGCAAGCUCUUUUCUCUUUGGACAAGUUGCCUGCCUGCAGCCCUCGUGGCGCCCUCCCCUCCGCCUCGGGCCGGCACUGGUCUGGGCCGAAAUCGAUAAUGCAAAUGUGACGGCUCCCUGUGGAUGCGCCUCUUUUGCUUCCGCCCAACAAUCGAUAGUCUCCAAUGCCCUGCCAACUCUCGUUUGUCCUCGAAACCCGACCAGCUUUUCGCCGUCUCCAUUUCGCUUCGCGUGUGUCGGUUUGGCGCAGUUUCCUGUUUGCAUGCGUGGGCGGCCCACAGAGCGCCUCUGGUCGGUCGAUGUGUCUGUGCCACUUGCGCUACACCUGCCGGUUUGUGCUGCAGCGUGCAGGCGACGGCAGAUCGCAGGCGCUGGUUCGAUUGGCGCAGCCAAUCGGCUCUCGGACCUCACGUCGACUAGCUCUCUCGCUCUCUCGCUCUCUGGCUCUUUCGCUCGCACAGCAUAG